GCCUCAGUAUGCCGCGCAGCGCGCAGGCUCGCGUACAUGUUUCGUCCUUCUUUUUCUUUCCUGUCAUCUUUCCGCCCGUCUCUGCGUACGUCUUUCUCUCUCUCUCUCUCUCUCUCUCUAUUUUCCUUCCCGUCUCGCGCGCGCAUCGCUCGAGUAUUACACGCACGCUCCGUAUUCCUCGCGUUAUUACGUGCGUGCGUGCGUGCGUGCGCCCGUCCGUCGUGCGUGCGCGAGCGCGUGUGCAUCGGUCAGUUUUGUACGCAGGUACAAACACAUCCCGUGACUGGCUCUUCUCUCUCCUUGCUUUUUUUUUUUUUUUAUUUACGUCCGCGCACCUUUUCCUGCGCGCUCUCGUGUGAAUAGCGACAUUCGCGAGUGUGUGUGUGUGUGUGUGUGUGUGUGUGUAUAUAUGUGAUUCUCUCCUUUUUUUUUCUUUAUGCAUGACUACUCGCGCACGUUCGUCGAACGGACAGACAGGUACGCGGAGGACACGUCGUGGUCGCGCCGCGCCACGCCAAGCCGAGUCGAGUAAUAACGGAGUACUCGCUAGUAUUACGUAGUGCACUCCUUCGCACGAGAAAGGCAUGUCUGAAAGUCAUCCUCGUGGAAGAAGAUAACUCGGUGUCCCUUCUCGCCGCGAGCUCUUUUUCGAAACCGACAAGUGCGUUCGGCGAUGUCCGCGCGACCUACAUACACGGUGACACGGUGACACACGGGGCGAAAGUGAUCGGGACGGGAGUGCACGCGGGAAAAUCGAGAGCCGUCGUUGCUGUUCACUGACAGUGUGCGGAAUAGCGAAGGAGUAGAGAAACGAAGGAGCGCGAGUGUGUAGAUGAACGAACUAACGAGCGAGUGUAACGGUGGAACGUUGCGAAACUGCUCCUCCUCGGGGCUGAGACGUGGCACGAAAUGAAGCGAGCGUAUCCGCGAGCGAUCGAUAACUAUAGCGGCACUAUAGUCGACUCGGUGGUGAAUAGCAAGCGGCUAUCAGCCAACCCAACCUAACGGACAACGCGUGACCUCGAAGGAGCGGCGGCGGGAUACGAUAGUCAGAUUCGCCCAGAUCCCAAUCCGCUCGACGACGAUAUAGAGAGAAAGUCGCUUCGCGUUUUUCUGCGCAUCGGAGAAAAGACACUUCUGCGAGAGACAGCGGAGAAGGAAGAAAAAAAGAGAAAGGGAAAGGGAGAAGAAUGCGCGUCUUGAGGACGCGAUGCUCGGGAGACUGCCACUUUCCACGGUCACGACUUGACGAUAAAACCAAACCAACCAAUUCAUCGAUGAUCGCUCGGUGAUCGUUGGAUCGAUCUAGCACGUCGGUGCCCCCUCCUCCCGGAAGAUUCCUGAGAACGGUCGAGACGGAGCGUCCGAAGCGGAACGCGGAGAGACAGACGGAGAGAAUUAAAGAACGAAGAGGAAAGACAAACGGAAGAAGGGCAAGAGAAAGAACGAAUAACAGAGAGAGAGAGAGAGAGAGAGAGAGAGAGGGAGGGAGGGACUGAAGGGGCAGUGAAAGGAAGACGGAGAAAGAAGACAUCUUAUUUUUAGCCGCGCCGCUUUACACGUCGCAAAAACCGGUUCCACGGAGUCCGCUGCGAAGGGAACCGAUAGCCUUAGCAAAGGGUUUUCGAGAGGGAGAAAGAUAUAAUACGUAUGCAGAUGAUAAAGACGCGCGCGCGUUUGUUCCCGUCGAGAUAGAAAUAGCGGCAAAAGAGGGAGGGAAAGAGAGAGAAAACUCAUAUACUUAACAGACGCUUUUAGAAAUAAAGAUUCCCUCGCUCAAAAAUUAGAUAAAAUAAAAUGAGAUAAGGACAUAUUUCCCCUCAAAAAAAAAAAAAUAAAUAAAACAAAAUUAGCUCUAGAAACAAUCUAAGAUCCUCGUGAAGGAUCGUGAGAAAGACGAGAUAGGAAGCGGAAUGACACUCGCUCAUACACACACGUACACAAGGAAUGUGGAAUUUCGCUUAAUCCGAUACGCGCGAUUCUCUUGCACCCCGCCGCACCUUGCUCGCCCCCCGCCGUCUCGUGCUCUCCCCCAACCGUAACCACCUCCGCCGCUCCUCGCUCUCUCACGGCACCGGUUAUCGAUCGCAUGCGUGCGAACGCGACAACACGACUAAUACGAGAUUCGAUUAUCGACCGCGACGACGAUACAACGACGAGCAGACCUCAAGAUUAAACGCGUGAUCUGACACGGGUUGGUACGCGGAAUCAUCAGGAUUUCCGAUUAAAGUCAAGGACAUGUGCGACAGACAGGAUCAAAUUCCACCAACACUUCAUUUUUUAUCAAGAGCUAUGGAUCGAUCAAUUUGAAUGAUAUGCACAAAGGAGCGUCCGAUAUAAAGAAAACAAAAGAUUAAUCAUUGAUCUAGUGAAAUUUUGUUUAUCCGGAAUAUAAACAUAUAUCGUAUUAAUCUGUGAUUGAGAAACAAAAGUUAAUGGAAUAAUUAGCGCAUGAUCGAUAAACAUUUCUCAUUUCUCAACGACGAGCAAUGAUCGACGUUAAAUGGGAAAAUCGAUACCCUCCGGCAGUAUCGAAUCGCACGCGGGACGGUUAAUUUCCGGUCGCACCAGCAUAUGCAGCACGCCCAGUAUCGGUGAAAUUAAAUCUGCCUGUAAUCAAUCGAUAUCUCCGAGGCGAGGAAACAUCACCGAUCAAUCGCGGUCGUCGAUUUACGCGCAAUCUUUACACAAUUUACGCAUUAUAUCAUCGAUAAAAAACACAUCGUGAAGAUCGAUCCGAGCCUCUCGUUAUCAUCUAUGCGGAUCGUUCCUCCGCGACUCAUCUACGACAACGACGACAAGAGUACCGUUCUCGGACGGAAGCAGAGUCGUCUGGAUCGAUAGAAUACGUUCGCGGAGAAUACGAACGGCAUGAAGAAUGGCAACCGAUUCUCCGAGCACUCGUCAGGGCGGUGUGAGGGCGGUCGCCACGACGACUACCGAUCCGCAACGGAGCGAGAAGCGCGCCGUCGCGGCGCGGGGCGCCGCCGGCGCGCUGGCCCUGAGUGUCGUGGCUCUGGUCGUACAAUCGGCAGCCACCGCGACACCCACCUGGGGAUACUUCACCAAUCCUGACGCUGGCACUGCCGCGGAAAAAGGCUACUUCGGACCAUGGAGACAAUGCAAGUAUCUCCUUUACGGAAGAGAAUGGUGUGGCCAAAAUGUCUCCAGGUUUCAACCAGUCUUGGCUGUGUGGAUGGCGGGAUUAGCUGCCGCUGCCGCCUCUGCCCUUUUGGCGAUUCUGGUCGCUCUGGCUGUGCUUCAAUUAGCCAUGGCCUCUUCCGCGAAACGGGUUGUAAUUUCGUACAGUACUGCCUUAAUAGGCAAAGUUGCCCUCGCUACAUUGGCAAUGGCGUUAUCGAUUGUGGCGGCGAGUCUCUUCGCUUUGCAAACGGAUGAUCGAGCUAAUAGUUUCGUCAUCACAAGAGGAGAGGCCUUUUAUAUGCAGUUGGCUGCCAUCGCUCUAAACUUCGGCGUACUUGUGUCCGCCGUUUACGAGGGCAUUUACGCCCGAAGAGGCGGCGACCCGACCAAGAUUAGGGUCGUCACGGAUCCCCGUGGAGGUACUAUAAAUAAUCCAGGAUAUCGGGAAUAUCACCAACCGACGAACGGUGGUUCGAUCUCGAUGACAGAUGCCAGUGGCAAGCCGUACGUCGGCGGGGCCGGGAACGGAUCGACGGCAUCGGUGGCGACUUCUGCGAGCGCGGCCAGCACGGCCUCGCCUCUCAGGAGUUCGCUGAAGAAACCGAAACCCCUCGGUAUCCACAAUCCUGGCUUCUCCGCGCACAGCCCGACCUUAUCCAGGAACGGCUCGCAGAAGAAAGUGCGUAUACAGACGCACUCGACGGAAGUGUAGCCGACACCUUUCUCUUUCCUGUCACGUUAUUGACGCGAAAGCUCGCUACAUAACAGUCACAAGUGUCGAUCGCUUAAGGACUGUGACAGGAAAUCAGAUGCGGCGAGCGAGUCUACUAGAAAUAGUUUUACGAGGUACGUUUCAUUAACGGUAGGUAGUUUCCGAUAUUAUUGUCGUUCUUUUUGUGCAAUUAAAAAUGAAAUCAAAGUUUGCGUCUAACUGCUUCGUCAUAAUCGAUGACAUUGCCCGAUGGUUUCAGUAUAAUGGACUUUUAAUUAAUUUCGAAGAAGAAAAUUGAAUCGUGCUCGCGAGAAAUUUAUCGUAUUACGACGAAAUAUAAUCGAUAAUCGCUAGAGCUCUCCGAAGCUACCUGAAUUAUAUAUAUUAAGCGAAUCCACAAAACCGCGAGAUUGACGGUAACUCGUCAAGUAUUGCAUCACUUUACAUUUUUCUACUAUAUCAUUACACAAUGUUUAUUCGAUACAAAUUGAUUAAUAGAAUACGGAUAGUGAACUAUAAGAGUACUGACGAGAAAAUAGAAUGGACAAAAGCAAAGAAAUAUAUCAAUAUUAAAGGAAACAGAUAAAAAUUAUUAUAUAAAUAUGAUAAAGAUCGUUAUCGAGAUGUAUAUGUAUCAAUAAAAAAAAUUAAAUGUGCAUAAUGUGAGUGUGUGCAAAAUAGAAAAUAAAUUCUGAUUUAAUAUCGUAUUUUCUCGAGCCUUACGAAAUAUCAGUAAUAAAAUUCACAUAUAUUACAUAUGUUUAUACAGGGUAUCACAAUCAGAAAUUUAACAUUUAAUUUUAAUACUCAUUAUAAAUUAUAUAUUAAGCUUAUUAUAAAUAAAAAUCGAUUCUUAUUUUUUUUAAUAAUUUUUGGACGAAAACAUACGUAUAUUACAAUGAAAAUAUAAAUGUUGAUUGAACAAGAAUAGAUAAAGCUAUUAUUAAUUCUAAAAAAAAUUUAUGAAAUGAAGAAUACAUGUACAUAUAUAUGCAUGUGUGUAUUUUAUUUCAAGAUUUUAGAAUAAUGUAGUAAUAACAUUCUAUUUUCUUGCCUUAAGUACAUUCGUAUUUACACCACCAAAAAAAGAACUGAUAAUAAACAAGAGAAAUCGUUGGGAUAAUGUAACAAUUGGAAAAAAUUCUCGCUUUUUUCAUGAAACUUGAAGGCGAAAGUGUACAAGCAAUAUAAAAUUUCCAUGCACGUAUGUGGUUUAAAGUAACAUCACAAAUAUGAUCUCCAUUUUAUACAUUUGUUAUUUAUGCAUUGAGGAAUUUGUUAAUCACGUAUUGGAAAUUUUUGAUUAAAUCAAUCUUGUUUCAAAAACGCAAGUACCAAAUAAUCCUGCUUGUGAUAUAAUAUAUCAUGAUUAUCUCAGUCGCAUGUAUUGCCGGAGAGUUAUUUUAUUACGUAACCGUAUUCAUACGAAUUGCAAUAGAUAAUCUUUCACCAUUUAAUUAAGCGUAAUGUCAGAGUUUAAUUGAAUAUUAAGCUCGAUAAACUAAGUUGCAACGUAUAUAGUCUCUAUAUGUUACAUACGCGCAUACAAUUAAUACGACAACGUUUCUAUCGUAAUUAAGUAAGUAUUGUGUAUUCUAACUGAAAAAACUUGACUGUUAAUAUAGUGAUAGUUGUGUAAAAUGUUUUAAAAUUUUCAAGAGCGACAUAUAUAUCUAUAUAGUAAACUGCAUUAAAGUAUGUAUAGAUUUCUAUACAGACACGGCAAUGAAUCGUUACCGAAUUUAAUAAUUAACAUUUUUUUCAAUUUAAUAUGUAAAUAUUUUAACGUUGUGUAAUAUUAUUAUUAAUAUAUCAACCAUUUUCCGUCCAAACAAGUACUUUGUAAUAUUUAGUAUUAAUGUUUAUUCUUAUUGAAGUAAUCGUGAUACAUCGCACUUAUUAUGUAGAAAUUAUUAUACAUUUUAAAAGUCACAAUUUGUGUUGCAUAAUACAAUUUGAUUUAACAAAAAGAGAAAUUAUAUUAAUAAUUAAGAAGUGCUUGAAUCGAUUAAUGCUAAUUGUAAUCAAUUUAACAUUUUAACACUUUGUAUGUUAAUAAUUGAAUUUUAAUGUAGAAGGAAUUAAUUACUUAAUAGCAAAUUUUCUAUAUUGCAAAGAUCAUAAUUUUUUCUCAAAUGAAUUUAAUCGUUGAUUAUUACUGUUCGGCUAAUAACAGAUUGCCGUGAAAGUCGCAGGAUACGUGAUACGUUUUUUUUUUUAUUUUUUUUUCUUAUUGUAUUUUCUCAUACAUUAUUUUAUCCCUAUAGCAGUAUAUUCUUGCUUUUCCUCGCCGCGAGAGGAAGGUGAAAUUAUAUUAUAGCACAUCGCAUCCGUCCAGCCCUACGUAGGCAGCUAGCCGUAAAACGGCAAAAAAAAGAGAUAUAUAUUAUAAAUAUAUAAAUAUAUUUAUAUUUUAUAAUGAUUGUUUUAAUAUAUAUAUAUAUAUAUAUAUAUAUAAUAAAGAGAGAGAGACAAAAAUUAUAUAUACAAAUCUACGUAUGUGUGUACUUGCGCACGCGAGACAGAAGUUUAUUACUCGUGUGGCUCGCCUCGUGAAAAUCGAGACAUAUGUUUUUUUUUCUUCUUUUUUUUUCAUUUACCCGAGUAGUAUUAUUAAUAUUUUAUCGCUUACGAUUUCUUUAUCUAUAGAAAUUAUUGUUAUCAUGCAAUCUGCGUACCUUUAUUUUCAGAGAUAUUUAUAUAACGCUGUUCGAGAGCCGGCCUCGUUAAAAAAUCCGUGUCGCGAUAUUGCGAUCGCUCAGAAUUGUCCCUGAAGGUUACUCGAUCUAGAUGUUUUCCUGAAUGAUCGUUUGUUCAUAUCGUAUAAAUCGAAAUUUAAUUUAUUAGUACGCGAUUCUCGUGAAAAAAAAUUUGUGAUUGUACGGACACGAAAUUGAAACUAGAAAUUAGGAUCUAUUUGGUAAGACAAAUAAACAGCGAAAUCAGUCGCGAUUCCCUAAAUAUGCAAUAUGCUCUUUUAUUGAGACUUUUAUAAAAGGUCUUUACCUGAUCAUUUGUUCCAAUAUAUCCUAUCGCGACGAAUAUAUCGCAUUAAUGGACUAAAGUUGCCGCGGCAGAGAUAAUUUUGCAUCAGAAUAAAAAUAAAUAUCAAAUUGUCAAUCUACAAUUAUAUCGAAUAAAAUAGAAAUAUUAUGCAAUUAAGAAUUAUUCAUUAAAUUUUUGAAACAUAAUUCUAUAAAAGUCAUAUUAAAAAAAAUUUGCUAGUGGAUAAUUUGAUAAUCUUUAAUAAUUAAUGUAUAUAUCAUAAAUUUAUAUCAUAAGAUAAUAUAUAUAAAAAGCUUUCAUAUUAAAAAAAAAACAAUCCGUAUAAUUUUAUCAAUUUUAUCAAUUUUGUAUAAAUUUCAAUAUUACGAGUAGUAAUAUUUUAAAACACUGUUUGUACACUGUUUUUAUGCUGGUUGCAAAAUUAUCAUUGCAAUUGUAUACUCGUGUCAUUCCGCGAUACUAAGAUUGUUAUGAUAUAUUUCGUUUUAUUGUUAUCGUUAAUUAGAUAAUGUUAACAAUUAACUUCUAUUAUAUAUUGAUUUAAAUACCGAGCCGAUCAAUGAUGUAAUCGUGUAUAUUGUACAUAUCUAUAUACGGAUAUUCAUUCACGUUCAAAUUUGAACGACACAUUUGUCACAUUUGCACCAAUCUACUUGUUAAGCAGGCUGUUUUUGUAAAGUUCAUACGUAUUCGAUGAUAUGACGACCGUGAUGUAAGUGCUUGUCAAAGACAGCACAGUGAAAAAUUGAAUAAUUGAAACGUGUUUCAAAUAAAAUGCAUUUUUCAGGGAA